CUCGAACAAUCCACUCCGAGCCGCCCAAGAUGGCCAAGAAAGCGAAGUCCCGUACCAUUGCCGUCCGGCUAAUCUCCAUGGCCAUGACGGGCUACUACCGCACGAUGAUCCGGCCGCGUGUGCACCGCCCUCUCAGCAUGAUGAAGUACGACCCCGUCAUCAAGAAGCAGGUGCUUUUCCUUGAAGCGACCAAGGGCGGAAAGAACAAAUAAGCUAUUUUGCUUUGCGCUUGAAUCGUGGUUCUCUCGGUCCUUCGAAUCUUCAAUCAUCGGUCGAUUUGUUUUGCGCCUCGAGUGAUUGGAGUUCCGUCCGCGAUUACCCAUGGAUUGAUUCCGAUCUCCUGCCUUGAAGCGAACCUGACUUUUUAUUUUGUUGGAGCCGCCAUCCCGAAAUAUGUCCGACGAUGCUUGAGGAUUUACGUGAACGUCUGUGGAUUGCGAUACGGGUCUCAGGGGAACAGUCCCUGUGUGUACAUUAUUUACUGGAGGAUGCAACUUCCGAGGAAUUGUGAUUCCUACGGUUUCUCGGAUAUUCCAUGGUAUACGCCCUUUUGGCGGAGCAUUGUGUUUGGCGUUAAAGAGAAAUACAGAUCUGGGUACCUCAAUGAAGAUAAAAUACAUAUUCCAC